AUGGAGUCCAAUUUACAAGCAGUAUCACCGAUAAGUGCGGACGAACGGCACGCAAUUACGAUACUACGAAGUCGUCUUCAAGAGACAAUGCCUGAAGGAAUCCCAGAUGAUCUCAAUACAGAUUUCAAUCUUAAUCGCUGGAUACGCGGUUACGAUCAUGAUAUCGAUCGAAUCUUACAAAUAAAUCAAAGUGUUUUUGAGGCAUUUCCCGAAUACGUAGCAUCAAGAAGAGCAGCUGGUUUCGAUGUCAGUGAUCAUAUGGAGCGAUUUUUUGAGAUGCCUUCAAUUAAACCGUAUUUACCGUUUAUCGCGGCAUCACGUCUUGGUGAUCGCAUUUGGUCUGAUCAACAUAAUGCAUUUCUAUUCGUUGAAAGGGCAUGGUCUCAACCGAAAGAGUUCGUAAAGGCUUUGAAAUGUAGUGACUAUAUGAUGCAUUGCUUUGGUUACUCAGAACUAUUACUUCAGUAUAUCUUACAAAGAGAGAAAAUACAGAAAGCAGAUAAAGGUGCAGUACAAUUCAUAGUGAUCUUCGAUAUGUCCGAUGUGAACAUCAGCGAUUAUUUGAAUCCUAUUAGUACACACAUGAAACUAUGGCAACUUCGAUCUGAUAUGUGGCAAGACUGGUACGUAGUCCUUCGCUUAUUUAUUGAUGGGAAAAUGGUGGAUGGAUAUAAUGCGAUUGAACAGAAAUUUGGAUUUUGA